UGGCGCGCUGCUAGUGUCCACCGUGUUGUAGUUCCUGGCAGUGCACUGGUCCUGCUAAAAUGUGGCCUUUCUCUUGAGCCUCUGGUGUUUCUGAGUUCACGAAAAAGCAACACAAAGCAUUAAAAUGUGGAUACUGACGCCGCUGCAGCCUGGAGGUGAGACCCACUAUCUCCUCUCCAGUAAAGAGUACGUAGUGGGGCGCAAGAACUGUGACAUCAUCCUGCCCAACGACCAGUCCAUCAGCAGGGCUCAUGCUCACCUCACUGCUGCCGACCAGACUCUGACUCUGAAAGACACCUCCAAGUAUGGUACAUUUGUCAACAGCCAGCGCUUGACAGAUAACUCACCUGUGAACCUGAAGUCAGGUGACAACGUUACAUUUGGGGUUUUUGACAGCAAAUUCAGUGUGGACCAUCAGAAGCCAGUGGUGUGUUCAUCAUGUUUGGACAACGAUGGCAAGACAUUGCUUUCUCAGGCCCUGCUGUCUGUUGGUGGAAAGCUGGUCAACACCUGGACUAAGGAGUGCACUCACCUGGUGAUGCCCUCUGCUAAAGUCACCAUCAAGACUAUUUGUGCUCUGCUGUGCUGCCGUCCCAUCGUGAAGCCAGAGUUCUUCUCAGAGCUCAGCAAAGCCGCCCAGCGGAAAUCACCCCCUCCCAAAGCUGAGAGUUUCAUCCCUGAAAUCGAUGAGCCCAGCUUGAGUAAAGAGGAUGUUAACCUUGGAGCAAUUCCAGUUCGCAAACAGCUUUUCACUGGAAAGACUUUCAUUUUCCUCAAUGCCAAACAGCUGAAGCGCCUGAGUGCAGCGGUGAGUUUUGGAGGUGGCCGGAGUCAGCUGCUGGAGGAGGGCUCUCUGCCUCGGGACCUGCUGGAGUCUCUACAGAGCUGUGUGGUAGAUGCUACAACAGGCAGCUCCCAAGCUUUGCUCUCUUCCUCCACCGUAGAGUGGGCAAACUCUGUGAAGGACAUUGUUCAAAGAAAAGGCCUCAGACUCAUCACAGAGUCUGAAAUUGGUUUGGCUGCUAUCUAUGCUUCAUGUGACCAGAACUGCAAUCCAUCUAGUUUAAUACCAACCUCAGAGUCUGAACCAAAAGUGAAUCCCAGAAUUCCAAGUGCUUCGAUGUCAGAGAGCGUGGCGGUGGAUGAGACUGUGUUACCUGCUGCAUCUCAGAACAUCACAGCAUAUGCAGUUAACACAGAGCCAUCACAAGGGUCAGAGUUGAGCAAAGUUACAGGGAUGACGGCAGUGGGGGAGACUCCUGAGAAGAAGCAAACCAGUCAGCUCCGUGGAUCCAAACCCGAAGCUCAGAAGACGGCCACUCAGUGCUUCGUGGCUGAUACAAUGAGGUCAUCAUUCAACACUGUAGAGAACACAGACUCACAGAGGAGGAAGCCCGAGUCCAAAAUGACAGGUGCGGGCAGUAGUGGCAUUUGGCCCCAGCCGUCCAUUCUUAGGACCAAUGGUGGCACGAAGACAUUCCUGCAGAACCAGUCUCCCCAGAAACCAAAAAACUCUCCACAAGCUUCCCCACAGAAACAAUCAACCCUGACCAGCUUCUUUCAACCAGCCAGCAGGAAAAGGCCUUUGGAGGACGAGCUCUUCGCUGUUACGUCAGAACCAAAACGGCCCGUACUGGAAUCCUCUGUCAGCAUACAGGCACCAAAAACCUCAGUCACAUCUAAAGAAACAUUCUCACGUUCAGACGCAGUCCCUGCAGCAACAUCCCGGACUCCACUGGGGUCAGCAGCUGAUCUUUUCGUAGGACGGUCAGAGGCUCAGUUGGUCGGGGUCUCCCACGCUGUCCAGGAGGAGCUACGGAGUAGAAAGAGGAAGGAGAUGGAAGCAGAGAUACAGAUGGAUGAACUGGAGUCUAUUAUGUCUGAGGAUAUGGACUUUGAUGAGCAACCCUCAUAUAAUCAAGGCCAGCAAGAACAGCUACUAAAGCCCAGUUCAACCGAAAAGACACAGGGUGUAAAUACUGUGGAGGCUUUAUCUUCAAGCAAGAGGCUACGGGUCCACCUGGAAGAAAAUGGAAAAGGGCCACAGGUGGGCCUGGAAAGAGAUUCAGGUUCCCAUAAGAGCCAGAAAUCUGAACAGCAUAUCGUCUCUAUCAAGACAGAGCAGGUCGAUCCUUUUGAAUACAGGACUUAUCUUGAGUCCAGCAAACCUCCAAAAGCCUCAUCUGCCAGUACGAGUACAAACAUUGAGCCUUUUGAAGAGGACGAGGCAUCCUUCGUUGAGGAUUUAGAGCUACUCAACGUGGAUAUUUGUCAGCCUAAAGAAGAGCCAAAGACCCCCUUGAAACCUGUUACAGUCAAACAGGAAGUCCAAGAGGAGUCAAAGACUGAUGAAGACCUUCCUAAAAAGGUGGUGUUAGUGGAGUUUCGAUCUCUCACCGUGUCUGCCCCUACCAAAACCAAACCACAGAAGAUGCAGGAUAUCAGCUACGCAAAGAACUACAAAAGUUUCCGCAAGAUUGGCGUGCCAGGUGCAGAGCGCUCACCCAACAUCAUUGGAGGGUCUGCUCUGCUGGUUCACAACAGGGGCAAGAACUGUGAUCUGGAUGAAUGGCUGAAAGAUGCAGCUGAGGAGGAGCGUCAGAACAGACGGGAAGAGACUGUAGGAGAUGACCUCUUUAGGUACAACCCCACCAAACUAAUCAAGAGAAGAUGAAAUGCCUUCAUCUUGGCAUCCUACAGAGGGAAUUCAUUUCAAAGGCGCAGGAAGUAUGUCAAGACUCCCAUCAUCGCUUAAAAUAAAGACUCCAUAAUUUCAUAGAUAACUUUUGAUAACUGCUGAUCAAUACAAAGUACAGUAGUGAUAACUGCUUCAUGACUGCUAAAAUGAUCAGAAAUGUUCUCCAGCGUUUUGUUCUUCUGUUCUUCCUGUUCUGUCUAUAAUUAUCUUCGUCCUUUGCUCUAAUUAAGCCACUGACAGUAAGAAAUGUAACAAAACUGUCUCAUGUUCAGAGAUUUUUCUCAAAGUUUUUAUUUGUCAAUAAAAAAAUGCAGCAUACAAAACAUUAAAAACUCUUCAAUUGUACAAGAGAGCAUUCAAACCCUA